UUUUGAACUUGAAAUUUAAUUUGGCGUGUAGUUGGGUCGAGUUUCGAUUUCCGAAAGGUUCACCCGCGGUUAUUCGGACGUGACGAUUUUAAUUUACGAAUUGUGUUAUAAUUUUAAUUGACAAGUUGUGGAAAUGAGAGACAUGCAAACAAAGUGAAUGUAAGAGUGAUUUGCAAAUUGAACUUAAUUAAUAUUGAAGAAUUACUAAAAAAAGAUGUACAUGGAGAGACACAGGAAUGAAUUCAGUUAACGACAAAUCUGUAGUAAUUGAUUCUGAACUAAAAACCAAACUUAUAUUCAACAAACCAGGAAAGUUAAACAGUAUUGUUCAAAAGCUGCCUAUAGCCAACAGUGAUACUGCUCCUAAGCCUCAAAAAGCUGUAUUAACUAGCAUAUUAAAGCAUAAGGAAAAUCUCAGUGGUGACAGGUUAGAUUAUAAAGUUAACAUAAAAAAACAAGCUGUAGAUAAAGCUUCACUAGAAGACAGCAAAAUGGUGCAAUCAUAUUUCACUAGUAAAGACGUUGAGAACAAAGGUACUAAUUUUUGUUGUAAAAUUCGUUUUAAAAGUCAAACUGAGACUUAUAAUAUUGAUACUAGCACGUGUAGUAGAGAAAUUAUUCCAGCAGUGAAAUCUAAACUAAUAAUUGAGAAGCAGGUGAAUAAAAAUGAAAUUUUACUUAAAGCCACUAAGAACAACUUAAAGGCCGAUAUGUUUUUGUGCAAAACACUAUUAGAACAUAAUGACAAAGAUUAUAAAGCAAAAGAGCCACAAAGUAGCGAUACAAAUAAGCAAACAUUAGUAGUUGAUGGUAUUGAUAAUGAUCAAAAUUAUAAAGUAGGUGCAACAAGUGAAAAAGGAAAAGUUAAUUUUGAAAAACAACAGGAUGAUGAAAAUGCUGGAAUAUUGAAAUCCAAACUUGUUAAAUCAAAAUUAUCUAGUCAAAUAUUAGUUAAAAGUGGUAGUUCAAAAAUAAGAGAAAAUGUAAGUGAAGAGAUCAAUAAUUGUGAUGAGCAGCAACAGAAUAAUAAAAAUGCUGAAUCAUUGGAAGAACAAUUAGACAAAUCCAAACAAAUAAAGACGAAAUCAAACUUUUCUCGUCAACGAAUUAAGCCAAAGAGGAUUUUACAGGAAUACGUUACUUUAAAAAACAUCGAUAAUAAAUUAGAAACUGUUAUUAAUACAAAAUGUGAUGUUGAACUUAAAGAAAAUGAUACUAUUACCGUAAAAACGGUGAAAGAAUCUAAUAAUAACGCGGAAUUUGAUUUUUGUAAAGCCGGAGAAAAAGAAGAACAGAUUCCUCCAAAGUUAGGCAAACUAAAACUUGAACAAAAAGAUACAGAAUCGCGUUUGGAAGAAAUCCAUAGUAAAAAUCAAAAAACAAAAUAUUCAGCAAAACGAUCCGAUUUCAAUUCCACGGCAUCUACCAAGGUGGCUCCUUCAGAUUCUCACUGGACUCAUCCGUGGAAAAAACCUGAACAACUCAAAGAGUGUCCAGUGGAAAUAUUUGCAAAACCCAAAUUUAUUCGAAAACGUCAUAUAGGUCGAAGGUGGAGAGCACGCAUGACCGAAGAAGUUCGUGCGUUAGAAGAAGCCCGCGCUUUAGAAGAAGCCCGUGCUUUAGCAAAAGUCCGUGCUUUAGAAGAAGCCCUUAUUAGAUAUGCCAAUUUUGAAGAGUCAUCUAGUGGUAGUGACAGUUCGAGUAGUGAUGAAGAUGAGAGUAGUGAAGAGGAUGAUACAGGCUCAAUUGAUAGUCGUGACUCGCCAUUGAACACAAUAAAUCCAGCAUCGAAUCCGGCUUUUGCAUUAGACUUCAACGACCUGCCAGAAGAAGUGUCACGAAGCAGUACCUACCAAAAUUUCCAGAGAAGUGGUAGGAUUACUCCGCCAGCUACCACGAUACCUAGAUUCCGGAAAUACUGCGUGGACGAUUUCAAUUUUUUGAAAGUGCUAGGUAAAGGCAGCUUCGGAAAGGUUCUUUUGGCUGAACUUAAAGAAACCGAGUACUACUACGCCAUCAAGUGUCUCAAAAAAGACGUGGUGCUUGAAGAUGACGAUGUCGAGUGCACUCUCAUUGAAAGAAAAGUGUUGGCACUGGGUACAAAACAUCCAUACUUGUGUCAUUUACUGUGCACAUUUCAAACUCAGUCUCACUUGUUUUUCGUGAUGGAAUAUUUAAAUGGGGGAGACCUUAUGUUCCACAUUCAAGCCGAACGACGCUUUUCAGAGGCUAGAGCCAGGUUUUAUGGUGCAGAAAUAGUUUCAGGACUGAAGUUUUUGCACAAUAAAGGCAUUGUCUAUAGGGACCUGAAAUUAGACAAUAUUCUUCUAGAUUUUGACGGUCACGUGCGAAUCGCCGAUUUCGGUAUGUGCAAAUUGCAAAUUUUCUUGGACAGAAUGGCCGACACGUUUUGCGGUACUCCCGAUUAUAUGGCGCCAGAGAUAAUCAAAGGACAACAUUAUAAUCAAUGUGUGGAUUGGUGGUCAUUUGGUGUCCUCUUGUACGAGAUGCUACUGGGACAAUCUCCGUUCAGUGGAAGCGACGAAGACGAAUUAUUUUGGUCAAUUUGUAAUGAAAAACCAGUCAUUCCGAGAUUUUUAAGCGCCGAAGCUGGAUCCGUAUUACUUCAAUUUCUGGAAAAGGACGGCAACAAAAGACUUGGACAUCGUUUUUCACCUCACGGAGACAUACAAGAUCACGUAUUUUUCAAGCCGAUUGACUGGGCAGCAUUGGAGGCUAGGCAAUUGGAGCCACCAUUUAAACCAAAUUUGCAACAUCCACUCGAUACUCAAUAUUUUGAUAAGACAUUCACGAUAGAAAAAGCUAAACUUACUCCAAUUGAAAAUGGAAUCCUCCAGUCUAUGGACCAGACACAAUUUCAAGGAUUCAGUUACACCAACCCAAAUGCAACAGAUAAGUGAGAUUUUGUUUAUAAUUAACACAUGAGAAAUGAUAUUUAUGAAUUAAAGAGAUUUGAUAAAUAUCUCUAAAAUAUAGAAAUAUUCUAUGUUAAAUGCCAAAUAGAACAACCCAAAAAUAUUGAAUAUUAUAUGAGUUUAGCAUGUCACUAGGUCAUGUUAUCACCAAUAAUUGUUGUGAUUGAACUACAGAAUUAAAACAAAAUAUCAAUAGGUGUUGGAGGAUUAUUCGUUGAUAUUUGUACCUGAGGUUUUACAGUUUUUUGAUUUGUUAUUUGGCACAUUAAAACAAAAAAAAAAUCAUUAAUUUUAUUGUUAAUAAAACAAAGGUGGUUAAGUCAUUCUUAUUUUUAAUUUCAUUUUACCUAUGAUGACCUUUGAAUUUUGAAAAUAUGUAGAUUUGAUGUAUUGUAGUAAGUAGGUAAAGUUUGUUUCGCCAGGGUUUGUACUUGCCACCAGCAUUUACCUUCCUUGUUUAACAAAUAAAAAUUGACUGAAACAAAUCAAAGACGUCAAAAACGUUCGUCGGUUCUUAAACCAGCCGUCAUUAAUUUCAAUUUGUCAAAAAAAUUGAAUGUGUCAUAUGAAUUAAUCUACGACAACCCUUUUUUUUCAAGUUUCAAGGUCAAGUAUGAACCCUGGUGAAACGAACCUUACCUACCUACCUAAUUUGUGAAAACGAAAUAUUUUGAUGCCUUUUUGAAUUUUUUUUUCUGGUUGUACUUUUUAGCCAUUGUUUUGAUUGUUUUCUUUUUAUUCUAUUUUUUAAAUGUAUAUUGUAUAUUUGACCUGUGAUUGUUAAUAAUUUUUAAUAACGCAAGCAUUGUUUUUGCGUUUGUGUAUUUUAAUAUGGAACUCUCAUAUUAUACAUAUACAAUUAUUAUACAGUGGCUAAUGUGUAUGUUAAAUAAUUGAUGUACUUUAUAUACCUAUGAUGAUAAAUGAAAAUAAAAAUUAUAACUAA